AUGAAGGCUGCAGCUCUCUGCGUCACUCUCUUGAUGCUGAACAGUUUUACUCUGAAAAGUGAUGCAGCGUUUCUUCGCAUCACUCCAGACCGACUGCAGCACUUUCAGUUUGACUCUGUGUCUUUUGACUGCGGCUCAAACAAAGUGAGAGUGACCAGAGAAAAUAAAGAAUCUGAUCCACAAUGUGACAAUCAGACGCCGACAGGGUCCUCGUGCACCAUCGAGAGAGUCUAUCUGACAGACAGUGGGGAGUACUGGUGUGAGAGUGGAGGACGAGACAGAAGCAACGGUGUCAACGUCACUGUCACCGCUGGUUCAGUGAUCCUGGAGAGUCCGGUCCUUCCUGUGGCGGAGGGAGAAACUGUGACUCUACACUGCCGAAACAAGUCCACUUCAACCAACCGCUCAGCCGAUUUCUAUAAAGACGGCCUUCUUCUUCAGGAGAGCAGUCCUGCAGCCGAAAUAACCAUCAGCAACGUUUCCAAGUCAGAUGAAGGACUCUACAAGUGUAACAUGAGCGGAGCUGGAGAGUCAGCGGAGAGCUGGCUGGCUGUCAGAGCACGUACCGUUUCUGUCACCCCUCCACCACCUCCCCAAGAGCCCCCCUCCGAAGACUCCAACGCCCCUCGAUCCCUCAUCGUGCUCUGGAUGACCAUCACCAUUGUGAUGCUGGCUCUGGUACUGGUGGUCGUGGGCCUCCUGUUUAUCAGGAAACACAGAGUUUGCGAUGAGGACACUGCGGACGAUCGAGACGGUGUGACCUACGCAGUCGUGGUCCCAAAACCGAGAGAAACCAAAGAGUCAGAACUGAGUUCAAUAAAGACCUCGAGUCCCACAGAGACCCCGAGUCCCACAGAGACCCCGAGUCCCACAGAGACCUCGAGUCCCACAGCAGCCAAGGACUCAAGUUCACCAGAGCAGGAGCUUCUCUAUGCACCUGUCCUGAAGGCCACAAAGAGCAAAGACUCCUGA